AUGGCAUCCAAUAAGGCUCAAAUAUCAGAUCCCCAUAUUUUGAUAAAACCUUCUGAAAGACUCAGAAGAUAUAUAAAGAACCUCAAACAUGUUGAGAAUCCACCAAUGGGCAUAAGUAAUAUAGUUUUCAAAAAUAAAUCCAAGAAUACAACUGAAGUACAGCAUGAGAUAAAAUUUUUGCUAACAGACAAAGACAGAUAUUUCAUCAAAUCUCUCAAAAUAGACUACCCUAAUGAAAUCACAGAGCUGCCAUCAUAUACUGUGUCAACUGCUACUGCUACUGAUACAAAUAGUCUGCUGAGUUUACAUGACCUUCAUUGGCUUUAUCAGUAUAUCAGAAGAGAGAAUGAGAAACAUAGUGACAAAAUCUACCUUCAUGAAAUAAUUAGUGGUUCAGAAAUAGUCCUACCCAAGAAUAAAGAGGUACCUAGAAAUGCUGAGUUAGAUGAAAGGUGCAAGAAGCUGAAAGCUCAGCAGGAUAAUAGAGAUUAUUAUAAAAUGACCAAAAAUGUUGAUAAUACAAAAAGGAGGUUGCCUGAAGAUACAAUAGCUUAUCAGUUGAAGCAGAUGAAUAGGCAUUUGAUAGCAGUUUUCCAGUUCAUUCUCUCAGUAGCAGCAGGUUUUGCAUUUGGUUUCAUAGGUAUAGAGUUGGUUAGUGGAAAUCUAGAUUUUGGAUUUAGACUUCUACUUGGCAUCAUGUGUGCUUUAAUUAUAGCUCUAGCAGAAUUGUAUUUCCUAGCAAAGAGACUGAAUGAAGAUUUACAAUUUGAAUCUGAUUUGGAAAAUAAGUCCAAAAAAAACAAGAUAGACUAGUUUCAUAAACUAUCCAACAUUGGAAUUUUUGUCAUGA